GUUUAGCAGAGUGCUUGGAGGAAGUUGGAGGAUGAGGCACUAUAAACCAGUCGGAAGUCCAGAUAUUUUUAUUUUCAUUCCUAAUAGGAUUUGAUAUUCAAUGGCUAGAAACAGUGAUAUCAAGUGGCUGAAAUGAAUAUGAACACUAUCUUAGAGGAAAUGUUGAUUAAAAGGUCGCAACAGAAGAAAAGGACUUCUCCCUUAAAUUACAAAGAAAGACUUUUUGUGCUUACAAAGUCAGUGUUAACGUACUAUGAAGGUCGAGCAGAGAAAAAAUACAGGAAGGGGUCAGUUGAUAUUGCAAAAAUCAAAUGUGUUGAGAUUGUGAAGAAUGAUGGUGUUAUUCCCUGUCAAAACAAAUAUCCAUUUCAGGUUGUGUACGAUUCUAAUACACUGUAUAUUUUUGCACCCAGUGCACAAAGUAGGGAUCAAUGGGUGAGCAAUCUGAAAGAAGAAAUAAAGAACAACAACAACAUAAUGGUAAAGUAUCAUCCUAAAUUCUGGACAGAGGGGCAUAUUCCUUCUACUGUGUUUCUUUUAGGUAUAAGGAAUUCUGCUUCUCCACGACCAAUAAAAAAUACGCGGAGGCCUCCACCACCUGUUCCCCCAGCUGAGCAAAGUGAAGAUGAAGAGGAAGAAGAAAUAGUAGUAGCAAUGUAUGAUUUUCUGCCUGCAGAACAUCAUGAUUUAAGAUUGGAAAAAGGUGAAGAAUAUACAAUAAUAGAGAAAAAUGACAUGCAUUGGUGGAAAGCAAGAGAUAAACAUGGAAAUAUAGGAUACAUUCCAAGCAAUUAUGUGACAGGAAAGAAGUCCAACAACCUUGACCAAUAUGAAUGGUAUUGCAGGAAUCUGAACAGAAGCAAAGCAGAACAACUCCUUAGAAAUGAGGAUAAAGAAGGUGGCUUUGUGGUGAGAGACUCAAGUCAGCCAGGACUGUAUACUGUGUCCCUGUAUACAAAAUUUGGAGGAGAAGGUUCAUCAGGAAUAAGACACUACCAUAUAAAAGAAACAGCGAUGUUACCGAAACAGUACUACCUAGCAGAAAAACAUCUUUUUGACUCCAUACCAGAGAUAAUUGAGUAUCAUAAACAUAAUGCAGCAGGUCUGGUUACAAGGCUGAGAUAUCCAGUGACUCCAAAAAUGAAGCCUGCACCCACUACUGCAGGGUUCAGCUAUGAGAAAUGGGAAAUUAAUCCAUCAGAACUGACAUUCAUGAGAGAAUUGGGGAGUGGUCUUUUUGGAGUAGUGCGACUUGGCAAAUGGAGGGCACAGUAUAAGGUAGCCAUCAAAGCAAUCCGAGAAGGUGCAAUGUAUGAGGAGGACUUCAUAGAGGAAGCUAAAGUCAUGAUGAAGCUAACACAUCCUAAAUUAGUUCAGCUGUAUGGGGUCUGUACGCAGCAGAAACCUAUUUACAUAGUGACUGAGUUCAUGGAACAUGGCUGCCUCCUGAAUUACCUGAGACAAAAACGUGGACGUAUGAGUAGAGAUGCCCUCGUGACUGUGUGCCAAGAUAUAUGUGAAGGAAUGGAGUAUCUGGAGAGCAAUGGCUUUAUCCACAGAGAUCUGGCUGCCAGAAACUGUUUAGUGAAUGAAUCGGGAGUGGUGAAAGUGUCUGAUUUUGGAAUGACAAGGUAUGUUCUUGAUGAUCAGUACACAAGCUCUUCAGGUGCUAAAUUUCCUGUAAAGUGGUGUCCCCCAGAAGUCUUCAACUAUAGCCGAUUCAGCAGUAAAUCAGAUGUCUGGUCAUUUGGUGUUUUAAUGUGGGAAGUAUUCACUGAGGGUAAAAUGCCCUUUGAGAAGAACACAAACUAUGAAGUGGUGACGAUGGUGAGCCAAGGGCAUCGUCUAUAUCGGCCAAAACUAGCUUGUAAGAAUGUGUACGAUGUGAUGAUGAUGUGCUGGCAUGAGAAACCAGAGGGACGCCCUACCUUUCAAGAUUUGCUUCACAUAAUUGAUGAGAUAGCAGAGAGUGAAGAUGCUUUCUGAAGAGGAAUGGCAGAGUGAAAAGAAGUCCCUGAGGCAGGAAAGAAUCCACUUUCCAUUCAGAAAUGCAGCAAAUUUUCCUUCCCUUUUUAAGGGCUCAAUCCUUCAAGCUGCUGAAAGAAAUUGUGGAAUGGCAGAGCAUUGAUAAUCACUUAGCAUUUGGUCAGUCUCCAUGGAGGAAGAGUUCUCACAUAAUAUAGAGGAACAUGCACAAUACGCUCAGCUGUAGCAGUGAGAAGGCACAGAGACAGUGUAGGCAAGUCUCUGUGCCUUCUCUGACAAGUUCCUAGUGGGGUGGUGAACAGGUGGAAAAUUGGUCUUGAUAGGUGGAGGAACAGACAGCUUGUGGCCAAUGCAGAACAUAGGCAAUCCAGUAAAUGUAAAUCAUGUAUAUAGUGUUCAUAUCCAUGAGUUUCAUUUAGUCUUGCUGCUAGUCAGUAGUUGUUGUAGCUACCUGCAUACUUAACAACUCAGCACAGCGUUACCAUAAAGGGCCAGUUACUGACAGGAAGGUUUCCAGUGGUUUGCCAGAAAUAUUUCUGAUUGCAGUUGAUGGACAUUUGUGACGUACACUGAAACAAUGUUCUUCCUAUGCCAUGAACCUGUGAUAUCCACUUGGCUUCUUCAUUUGUACAUAAAAAAGCAUGAUCUGCAACCCAUUCUACUGGCUCACUGAAACAGUCAAAGGAAUUGCUGCAGAACCAAUCGACAACUUGUUUUAUGCCAAAAAAUGUUUUGGGGAGUUUUUGAAAGAGCUCCCAGACUCUGUCCUGAGUCUAAGCAUAAUGAGAAACUUCAGGAUACAACACAACUGACUCAUUGCACUAUAGAACAAUGCAUUUGAUUAACUGUUAAAUUAUAUAUUGUAUGUAAUGUAAAUAUAGACUGUAUACAUUUAAUUUAUAUUAAAUGUAAGUGUUUGCUUCUUGAAUAUUUUAGGACACAACAGGUUCAACCUACCAUAACUUGCACAUACAACGUGACACAUGGCAUCUGUGAAUGAUAACAAGAUACCGGGAAGUGUGUUAACCUGGAAGGUUUUUAUCAUUCUGUCCCUGGUCAGUCGUUCAUAGACUGAAAUAAGCGUAAUAUUUUUAAUAGCAAAUGCCAUGUUAUAGCAUGUGUAUAAUAAAUCAAAUAACUGUUUGUUUGGAAUCCUGAAUAGUGUUUUGCUAUUGAUUUUAUCAAAUUACAUUAAUCUAUAAGAUAAGCUCCUAGCUAGUGUGACUCCAUUGAUUCAGCAUAGUGCACCAGUGAUGAAUAAAGCUAAAUAUAUAGAGGUA